ACAAAAGUGCAGCUCGCUCACUCCUCGAAACCGAGACCCCGAGUCACCGAGCACCUGAGACUGAGUUCGUGCUCCGUCCUCGAAGCAGCUUUGAUGCUUUGCCACGAUGCUUCAACUGAUAUGAGAUGAUGAUCCCGGCUUUAUCGCGGAUUUGGUUUGAGUAGUUAGUUUCACUUCGAGCUGCUUUCUUUGUGUCACAGCAAUAGCAAUUGCUUCCAUGGCCAAUCAACAGAUUCUGCCAUUGUUGUUGCUUGCACUAUACACCCCUUUUCUCCUCUCUGCUAAUCUGGCGGAGUCAUCUUAUGAAGAAAAUGAUGAUUCACCCAUUGCCCGGUUCAGGCAAUACCUUAGAAUAAACACAGCCCACCCGAACCCCGACUAUGCCCCUGCAGUUUCCUUCCUCAAGACCCAAGCUCUGUCCAUUUCCCUCCAAACCCGAGUCCUCGAAUUCGUCCCGAGCAAGCCAGUGCUUCUCGUGACAUGGCCGGGCUCGAACCCGUCACUCCCUUCGGUACUCUUAAACUCCCACAUGGACUCCGUCCCCGUAGAGCCCGAGAAAUGGGUGCACCCUCCCUUCUCUGCCAUCAGAUCUCCUGAUGGUAAGAUCUUUGCCCGUGGGGCGCAGGAUGACAAGUGCAUAGCCGUGCAGUACCUGGAAGCCAUUCGGAACCUCAAGGCUAAAAACUUCAAGCCCACUCGGACAGUUCACAUUUCCUAUGUUCCCGAUGAGGAGAUCGGGGGAUUUGAUGGGGCUGCCAAGUUUGUGCCAUCAAAGGAGUUUGAGGAAUUGAACGUGGGGUUUUACUUGGAUGAAGGGCAGGCUUCGGUUACCGAUGAGUUUAGAGUGUUCUAUGCAGAUAGGUCCCCAUGGCAGCUCGUGAUUAAGGCCAUGGGAGAACCUGGACAUGGUUCCAGAAUGUAUGAUAACAGUGCAAUGGAGAAUAUGAUGAAGAGUGUGGAAGCCAUCAGCAAAUUCAGGGAGAGCCAGUUCAAUAAGGUUAAAGCUGGGAUGGCUGCAAACUCAGAGGUUAUUUCAGUUAAUCCCGUCUAUGUGAAAGCUGGGAUUCCUUCCACCACUGGUUUUGUGAUGAAUAUGCAACCUUCUGAAGCAGAAGCAGGCUUUGAUUGCCGCCUACCUCCGACUGCUGACCCAGAUCUGUUGAAGAAAAGAAUCGCUGAGGAAUGGGCCCCUGAUAUCAGAAAAAUGACAUACCGGAUAACCCAGACAGGACCCAUCAGGGACCACAAAGGGCGUCCUCUGAUGACGAGAACUGAUGAAUCUAACCCAUGGUGGUCAGUUUUUAAUCAAGCUAUUGCGGCAGUAGGAGGCAAGCUAGCAAAGCCCGAGAUUUUAUCUUCAACCAGUGAUUCACGCUACAUCAGGCAGAUGGGGAUUCCUGCUCUCGGGUUCUCACCAAUGACUAAUACUCCCAUAUUGCUCCAUGACCACAAUGAGUUCUUGCAGGAUAAGGUUUUCCUGAAGGGGAUUGAGGUGUAUGAAUCCAUAAUUAGUUCUUUGAGCUCUUUCACGCAAGAAUCGGAUCAACGCCCUGCACUCUGAUUUCUGACUGUUGACGGGAAAUGUUGCAAGCUCUCGGCAAUGCAUAGAGUUGAAUAAAGAGCACAGGAGAUGGCUUCUGACCCGACAUAACAGCAAAUUUAUCUUUAGGUGGGGCUAAAUCCACAUCUCAUAUGGCUAGGUCCACCCCUUUUAUGGUAAAUGGACAAAAUUUCCCUUAAAAAGUGGGCCCUAGAAAAUUGGAUUCUAUGGAGAGAUAAAGGAUAAUUUUGUUCAUGACAAUAAAAGUGGUGGCCCUAGCCAUAUGGGGUGUGGGUUUAGCCCGAGCCAUUAUUUUGCAACAUUGAUAACAGUAACAUCUCCGAAGUGAUCAGUAUUGUUGUUUUCAUGGAAGUUUGAUCGGUAUGAAUUGCAAUUCCAGAUUGUUGUACCUGUACUAUUGGCCUUUUCUGUAAGUUUGGUAAAUCCUUGUAACAUAUGACUGCUCUUGUUGUUCGAAAUAUGUGCACAUGUUUUACAAUUGAGCUCUGAAGGUCUUGGGGUUCUGAGUUGCAGCAAGGCAAGGGGUAGCGAGAGAAUAAUGGGAUACUGAUGAGGGCAAAACGCUGGCAACAGAAAGUCUCGUUUAGCUCUGCGAUCUGCAUGCUGGGAAAGAAAUGGAUGCAUCCCGAAAGAGAUACAACAAACAAAGCAUAUAUCUCUGGGAUCUAUUUACUUUCUGUAUUGGAACAGUCUCCUGGACAAAUUGGAUAUUGCAGUCUCCUGGAGCAAAAAUUCGGCACUUCCCUAGCUACCUUCUCUUCAGACCCGCAGUUUGCUGCUGCUUUCAACUUCUGGUGAUUAUUUGAGAAAACCUGGAGCUUUUUAAGCUCGAAGAGAUGUGGAUACGGGAUUUGUUUACCAGAUACUUACAUUACCGCUUUUUUGUAUUAUAACCCUCCAUAAUCCAUCCCUUCAUAAUCCUCCCUAA